AUGCCUGGGAAAAAAGGCAUUAUUCCAUACGAAUCGAUCUUCGAAACGCAAGCGCAAGCACGUCGCAGAGGCUAUUGGAUUCCUGGAGUUCCAGUAAACGCGAAAAUUGUAAACGUAGAGAGGAAUACUGACAGGAAAAUACAUUUAAUAAAUACGCUAUUGUAUACUAUUCAGUUAGAACACGGACAAUUCAAGUGGAGUGUUGUUCGGAACUACAAGGAUUUUACGGCUCUUAAUAGUCGAUUGAAGGCCCACAGAGCUGCUCAGCAGAUUCUUGCUCCAGUUCGUAGAGCCCAAGAACGUGUUGAUGCAAUGCUGGAGUCAGUGGGGAUCGACGUUAUUCCGGACCACAAAGAGGAUUGUUUAUAUUAUCGCCAUCCUAACAGUCAUCGACGAAAGCACUCACGAGUAAGGAUUUUUGUGGUUUUCAUUAUUUGCUUAGGUGUUAAGAUGACUCAUAUUUAUGAGUCUUGUGACAAAUCUAUUUCAGCUGGCAUUUUACAAGACGUGAAUACAGCUGCUCUACCGAAGGAUGUGAAGAAGAAAAUACGAACUCGCAAAAAACAUGGUCUGCCACGAUUUCCCAUUAUACCGGAUUCCAUGGUGACGAACUUAGAAGUUCGAAAGGACCAACUCGAGAAUUGGUUGCAAAUGCUGCUACACAUCCCAAUAAAUCGUAAUCAUCAUGAAACUGCUGAAUUCCUUGAAGUUUCUCGUUUCUCGUUUGUUAACGAGUUGGGAGGAAAGCACACUGAAGGUUUCGUUAAGAAACGCCCUGGAGGAGCGCGAGUUUUUCUCGGUUGGAAGCAGUGUUGUGUACGAUAUCUGCUUCCUUGGAGUAAACGGUGGUUGAUGGUUCGCGACUCAUUCGUAGCCUAUAUGGAUCAUCGAACAGAACAAAUUCGCCUCGUAUUGCUCAUGGAUCGAGAUUUCAAGGUUGCAGCUGGUGGUAAAGAAGCUGAUGGGAUACCCACUGGUUUAAUAAUCUUCAAUACGCAGCAUGAACUGCACCUUAAAUGUCGGCGCAUAGAAGAUACGGCAAGGUGGAAGGCCAUCAUUGAACAAGCCAUGCAUGGAAUUGGAAGUAUUUGGAUUCAACCGCAUCGUUUCAGUUCCUCGUUCCCUAUCCGAGAAAAUUCUUUUGGAAAGUGGUUUGUUGACGCUCGAUCUUAUAUGGCUCACGCAGCUGAUAUGAUGGAACUAGCCAGAGAGGAAAUUUUUAUUGCUGGUUGGUGGUUGAGUCCUGAGAUUUAUAUGAAGAGGCCAGCACUUGAAGGUAACUACUGGAGAUUGGAUGAAAUUCUUAAGCGAAAAGCGAACCAGGGAGUUCGCAUUUUCAUCCUGAUGUACAAGGAAAUGGAAAUGGCAUUAGGUCUAAACAGCAUAUACAGCAAACGCACAUUACAAGCUCUUCAUCCAAAUAUUAAGGUAAUGCGUCACCCUGAUCACUAUCCGUCUACGGGAACAUUUUUCUGGGCGCAUCAUGAGAAAUUGGUCAUCGUCGAUCAACUGAUUGCGUUUGUUGGCGGUGUCGAUCUGUGUUUUGGUCGUUGGGACGAUCAUUGCCAUUUGUUAACAGAUCUGGGAUCGGUUAAAUUUGGUCAGCACCAUCUUAUGACGAAAGAUAUUAGCAUGACUUCGGGUCUAAGGUCAUUAGUUAGUGCUCCACUUACAUUUUCACCACUUGGUUUAGAGGAAAAUGAAAAUGUGGAUCCUGUAAAGGACAAAGAGAGAUUAACGAAUAUUCUUGAUUUUCCUAAUAUGUCAGCAUCUUUGGUUGUAUUCACUAACAAGUCAAUUUUGCAGUAUAUUCGUCGGGCAGCAUCAGCUCUAACUCGACCUCGAGUUCCCAUGGACAUGUUGGACAAGGCUGGACCUCCUCCAUCUGUAUUUGAAAAUGCAACGAGAUUGGGUAUGGACUUUUCCACAGCAGCAGAAAAAUACAAAGAAUACGUCGAAAGUGGAGCAGUACAAAAGGAGAAGCAUCGUUCGCAGACUCCUCCUGUGAAAAGAAAAGAAAGUCGUAUUACACGAGCUAUGGGAAAUUGGAGAAGCAACCGGGCGAAGAAAAAGUGGAAGCAGGUACUCGAUUCUGAUGAAGUCACAGCUGGCUAUGAAUUGGAUUUCCUUCGUCUGAAGAAAAUGGACAGUGAGGAAAAGGAUUCGAUUGAUGGUGGUGUGAAACUUUGGGUGGGGAAGGAUUACGUCAACUACAUCCACAAAGAUUUUAUCGAUGUUGACCUGCCUUUCCAUGAUUUCAUUGACCGUGGGGCCACCCCACGCAUGCCAUGGCAUGACAUCCAUUCCGUGACCUUCGGAACUCCUGCCAGAGAUGUUGCACGACAUUUCAUUCAACGUUGGAAUGCCACGAAAACGGAGAAACUAAAGGAUGAUAUCAACUAUCCGUAUCUUCUUCCGAAGAGUUACGAGAGCUUGAAAGUACCUCGUGUGUUCAAAAAUCCCGCGUUUAGUUACAGUGUCAAUGUACAGGUUCUUCGUUCUCUUUCGAACUGGUCCGGAUUGACUAAUCAAACUGAGGAUUCAAUACAGAUGGCAUAUCUUUCACUCAUUGCCAAUUCUAAACAUUACAUUUACAUAGAAAACCAGUUCUUCGUUUCAAUGGUUGAUUCGAACGAUGUAUUGAAUGAGAUUUGUAAGGUUCUAUGCAAUCGUGUGAUUCGUGCUCACAAAGAAAAGGAACCAUUUCGGGUGUAUAUAAUGGUUCCUCUUAUGCCUGGAUUUGAAGGAAAUGUCGGUGCUCCUGGUGGGUCGUCAUUGCAAGCUGUUUUGCACUGGACAUAUCAAUCUCUCAGUCGCGGUCCGAAUUCGUUGUUCGAGCGUAUAAAAGCGGUUUGUUUAGUGACUGAGUUGAUAUACAUUCAUAGCAAGCUACUUAUUGUUGAUGACGAACAUGUUAUAAUCGGGUCGGCUAAUAUCAACGACAGAUCACAGGUCGGAAAUCGUGAUUCGGAAGUUUGUUUGUUAUAUUCGGACAUAGAUAAGGAGCCAUCACUUAUGAAUGGGCGCCCAUAUGCUGCGGGAAAGUUUGCCAAAUCUCUCCGAUUGCAGUGCAUGAAAGAACACUUGGGUCUUCUUCCUGAUUCCCGACGUCCGUCAAAUUUCAAGUACGAUGUUUCUUGCGACGAUCCCGUGGCCGAAUCAUUUUUCGUGGACAUUUGGCAGAACACGGCACGGUCAAACAUGCUCAUUUAUGAAGAAGUAUUCCGCGCCUAUCCGACGGAUAAUGUGGAAACAUUCGAAGAAUUCGAUAAGUGGACUGGACAAAUGCCACUUGCUGAAUAUUCCCCUCAGCAGGCUCAAGAGAAACUUAGGGAUUUGAAUGGUACCUUGGUGGAGUUUCCACUCAAUUUCUUGUGCAAGGCAAAUCUUACGCCAGGAAUCACUUCGAAAGAGGGUCUUGUUCCAAACGCAGUUUUUACUUGA